AACCCAACUACCUGUCUCCAUGGGCCACACCUGCAACACAAACCCAGGGUCCCAAGCGGGCAUUUUAGCCGUGCCGUUUAGCGACAGGAAUAAUCUGCCCAAAAAUGGCUCAAGCGACGGCAAGUCCAGAGCAAAUGCUGCAGAUAGACCAGGUCUACCUGCUGGGCGCGAGGAGCGAGGAACGGCUGAAGGAGGCAGGAGCGUGGUGCAUCAAGGAGGAGCUCGUUACGCAGCAGUACUUCGACACCGCGGACUACAGCCUAUCCCUGCACGCCACCUGGCUCAGCUGUCGCAAUGGAGAGUGGAAGUUGCUUGUAGGGUCUCAAAACAUCGCCGACUUGGAGGACGAAUUCAUCCAAAGCCAAGGAAAAGCAAGCGAGAUGGAGGUGGCCGCUGAUGACGAGGCUCAGGACUUAGCUCACGAGGCCGAGGAUGCCAAUAAGCCAUUGAUCAAUCCGCACCGCAAGCAUGACCACAACACAUACGACCGGGAAAGUGAUGGAAAAAACCAGAGUGGUGGUACAGACAAUGCGUUUAUCAAUACCGCGAUGCCAGAUGCGAAAGAGGAAGAACAAGGGAUGCCUCGCGUUGAUAGCCCCGUCAGCAACAGCGACGACGACAAAGCCACGUACAAGCGUGGUGAUGACGGCAGGGCCACCGAACGUGGCAAUUCGGAGGGCAAUAACGCGCGCGCGGAAGACCACGGCGACCCUCGCUCGCGCCACGGCUCGCGCACAAGUGGCCACGCGCCCGACAGCGCCUACAGCUACGCAGAAAUCAAGGGGGAAGGUGACAUCGUGCGUCAUCUGAGGAGCGUCAUCGGCGUCGACCCGCCCGACGGGGAAGGGAACAUCGCCGGCCUGGAAGCGUUCCUACGACGUGCCAACGUGCUCGCGUUCUCGAGCAGCCAGAGGAGCGAGCGCCGGGUGUGGCGCGUGAGCGACGCCUACACGGUGGCGGUGGAAGAGGAUGAGCUGCUCGGUCUGAAAACGGCCCGCGUCUCCCUAACGGUACCGCUCUCCGACAUCACGUCUGGCUUCGAGCGGCUCGAUCGACUGGCCAUGGAGCUGGGGUGCGAGCGAUGGGAGACGACUUAGGCGCGGCCCGACAGCGAACUGUCGGGCAGUCGUCGGGCCCGUAGGUGGCAUUAAAAAGGUGACCAAAGUUGUCAGCGCCUCUCGCGCGCUGCGGGGUGGAGUCGAGGGUAGUUGCUUUCACACUGGGCCUACAAGUGGGACAAGUCCCAACUUGCCCUUUUUGUUGCUCUGCAAUACUGGAGGCACUGGCUGACAUAGAGAAUGAUGUAUUCAAACCCGACAGGCAUGUGAUAAUGCAUCGAUUGCAAGCGAUUCUUAUGUUCACGAUAUAUGCAUUGAAUCGCGUAGUUAACCAUCCCUUCGUUUAUAUUUGCUUGUGCGCUCUACGUAAUGGGUUAACGUGAUCACUGCAGUCACUGCACCUCCAAUUAGCACGGUUGGCUACGUACGGUGCGAAAGAAGUUCAACAGACGAACAGUAGAGACACUGUAAUCGCCGCAAUUUGAAUAAGGCUUGGCUUACGACCGCAAAUCCGGACAAUUCAAACUGCGAGGUAGGCAAUUCAUACACACCUAAAAUCUGACGUCUGAAACUAAACACACACACUUAAUCCGGUACGCAAGAAUAUACUUGUGUUCACACAACACGAACUCUCCGUACCAUUAUGGGCAACCUUAAAAAGUAAAAUUUAUAUUUCUGUCCAACGCACCCAAGAAAAACUCAUAUUUAUCGUAGCCACAAGGCGGCUCAGCUAUUUGGCGUACCUGCCCAACUCGUUUUUGAAAAUGUACACACGUUUUGAAAUUUCCCCGGUACCCUGCCACGCCGAUCUGACACUUACU